GGCCGCCCAGAUCGUGCCGCCAGAAGUAGUCCGUCCGUCGCCGAAUUCAGCGAGGAACGAAGAGAACGAAGACAAAAUUAUCUAUCGAGCAGGCCUCCCUCUCCUCCCUCUUAUCAAAUAGUGGGGAAAAGGAACGACGAGUAGUGCGAAAGGAGAAGAGAACAAGAAAAACAGAAGAGAGGAAAAUCUCCAUUCUCUCGAGUGUGUUUUGAAGUAACCAAACGAGAAGAAGACAAAGCAAACCAGCAGCAAACUUUUCAAUUCAACAUGCCGAAACCAAAGCCACAGGAGGGAGAAGAUCCCGAUCCAACUCCCUAUCUAUUUGUUUCUCUUGAACAAAAGAGAAUCGAUCAAACUAAACCUUACGAUGCUAAAAAGGCUUGCUGGGUACCCGAUGAAAAAGAAGGUUAUCUUCUUGGUGAAAUCAAAGCUACCAAGGGGGAUGUUGUUUCCGUUGCAUUACCAGGCGGCGAGACCAGGGACUUUAAGAAGGAUCAACUGCAACAAGUGAACCCGCCGAAAUAUGAAAAAGCAGAGGACAUGUCUAAUUUGACCUACCUCAAUGAUGCUUCAGUACUCCACAACUUGAAGCAACGUUACUACGCCCAACUUAUCUACACAUAUUCUGGACUUUUCUGCGUUGCCAUUAAUCCUUACAAAAGAUUCCCCGUCUAUACCCAAAGAUGCGCUAAAUUGUAUCGUGGUAAAAGACGUAAUGAAGUACCACCCCAUAUCUUUGCCAUUUCUGACGGUGCUUAUGUCAACAUGUUAACCAACAGUGAAAAUCAGUCUAUGUUGAUUACCGGUGAAUCUGGUGCUGGUAAGACUGAAAACACGAAAAAAGUAAUUGCUUAUUUUGCGACUGUCGGUGCAUCGACAAAGAAAACUGAAGAUACUAGUCAGAAGAAGGGUUCUCUUGAGGAUCAAGUCGUCCAAACUAAUCCUGUAUUGGAAGCCUUUGGUAACGCUAAGACCGUCCGUAACGAUAACUCCUCGCGUUUCGGUAAAUUCAUCCGUAUUCACUUCGGUCCCUCUGGAAAACUGGCUGGUGCUGAUAUUGAGACUUAUCUAUUGGAAAAGGCUCGUGUCAUUUCUCAACAAAGUUUGGAACGUUCCUAUCACAUCUUCUACCAAAUGAUGUCCGGAUCUGUUAAAGGGUUAAAGGACAUGUGCUGUUUGUCGGACAACGUACAAGAUUACUACUUCAUCGCUCAGGGCAAGACAACUAUUCCAAACGUUGAUGACGGCGAGGAAUUGCAACUUACCGACCAAGCCUUCGAUGUGUUGGGUUUCACGCAAGAGGAAAAGGACAACAUUUACAAGAUCACCGCAGCUGUUAUGCACAUGGGUGGCAUGAAGUUCAAACAAAGGGGUCGAGAAGAACAGGCUGAAGCUGAUGGUACAGAGGAAGGUGAAAGGGUCGCAAAACUUCUUGGUUGCGACUGUGCCGACCUUUACAAGAACUUGUUGAAACCAAGGAUCAAGGUCGGUAACGAGUUCGUAACCCAAGGUCGUAACAAAGAUCAAGUAGCCUACUCAGUAGGCGCCAUGUCGAAAGCCAUGUUCGACAGAUUGUUCAAAUGGUUGGUCAAGAAAUGUAACGAGACCCUGGAUACUCAACAAAAGAGACAACACUUUAUUGGUGUACUAGAUAUUGCUGGUUUUGAGAUUUUCGACUACAACGGUUUCGAACAACUCUGCAUCAACUUUACCAACGAAAAAUUGCAACAAUUCUUCAAUCAUCACAUGUUCGUACUAGAACAAGAGGAAUAUAAAAAGGAAGGAAUCGUCUGGGCUUUCAUUGACUUUGGAAUGGAUUUGUUAGCUUGUAUCGAGCUAAUUGAAAAGCCCAUGGGUAUCCUCUCGAUUCUUGAAGAAGAAUCUAUGUUCCCGAAAGCCACUGACAAGACAUUUGAAGAAAAAUUGAACAACAAUCACUUGGGCAAGAGUCCUAACUUCUUGAAACCUAAACCACCUAAACCAGGUCAACAACCGGCUCACUUUGCUAUUGGCCAUUAUGCUGGCAACGUACCAUACAACAUCACUGGUUGGCUAGAAAAGAACAAGGAUCCUCUGAACGACACUGUGGUAGAUCAAUUCAAAAAAUCAUCAAACAAAUUGUUGGUCGAAAUCUUUGCUGAUCAUCCCGGACAAUCCGGUGAUGCUGGUGGUGGUGGUGGUGGUGGCAAAGGUGGACGUGGUAAGAAGGGUGGUGGUUUCUCAACCGUAUCAUCGUCCUACAAGGAACAAUUGAACAACCUGAUGACCACCUUGAAAGCCACACAACCUCAUUUCGUACGUUGUAUCAUUCCGAACGAAAUGAAACAACCGGGUGUCAUCGAUUCACACUUGGUCAUGCAUCAGUUGACAUGUAACGGUGUACUUGAAGGCAUUCGUAUCUGUCGUAAAGGAUUCCCCAACAGAAUGGUUUAUCCUGACUUCAAAUUACGGUACAAGAUCUUGGCACCUGCAGCUGUUGAUAAAGUCGCUGGAGAUCCAAAGAAGGCUGCUGCUGCAAUUUUGGAAAGUACUUCUCUCGAUCCUGAUCAGUACCGUCUUGGACAUACCAAGGUAUUCUUCCGUGCUGGAGUCUUGGGUCAGAUGGAAGAACUUCGUGAUGAACGUUUGAGCAAGAUUGUAUCAUGGAUGCAAGCUUACAUUCGUGGUUAUAUCAGCCGUAAAGAUUACAAAAAACUACAGGAACAACGUUUGGCACUCGUCAUUGUACAAAGAAAUUUGCGAAAGUAUCUUCAACUGCGUACCUGGCCGUGGUGGAAAUUAUGGCAGAAGAUCAAACCACUCCUCAAUGCAACACGUAUCGAGGACGAAUUGGCUGCACUCGAGGAAAAAGCCAAAAAAGCUCAAGAAGCAUUCGAAAGGGAAGAGAAACUUCGCAAGGAACUCGAGGAACAAAAUGUCAAAAUUACCGCCGAAAGGAACGCAUUGCAAAAGCAAUUGGACGGCGAAAAGGGUUCGCUUUCGGAAUACAUGGAAAAAUCAUUGAAAUUGGCUGCCCAAAAAGCUGACAUCGAAUCCCAACUUCAAGAUCUCAACGACAGGUUCAAGGAAGAGGAAGACGCUAGGAACAAUUUAUUCCAAAAUAAGAAGAAACUCGAGCAAGAGGUUGCCGGUUUGAAGAAAGACAUUGAAGAUCUCGAAUUGAAUCUUCAAAAAUCUGAACAGGACAAAGCUACGAAAGAUCAUCAAAUUCGUAAUUUGAACGACGAGAUUGCUCAUCAAGAUGAAUUAAUCAACAAAUUGAACAAGGAAAAGAAGAACCAAGGUGAAAUCAAUCAGAAAACGGCUGAAGAACUUCAAGCUGCUGAAGACAAGGUCAAUCACCUGAACAAAGUUAAGAUCAAGCUUGAACAAACAUUAGACGAGCUUGAGGAUUCUUUGGAACGUGAAAAGAAAUCUCGCGCCGACGUUGAAAAGGCAAAGAGGAAGGUAGAAGGUGAUUUGAAAUUGACCCAAGAAGCCGUAGCCGAUUUGGAAAGGAACAAGAAAGAAUUGGAACAAACUAUUCAACGCAAAGACAAGGAACUCUCAUCGCUGGCUGCCAAAUUGGAAGAUGAACAAUCGUUAGUUGGAAAACUUCAGAAACAGAUCAAGGAACUCCAAGCAAGAAUCGAAGAACUCGAAGAAGAGAUCGAAGCAGAACGCGGAGCACGUGGCAAAGCAGAAAAACAACGAAGCGACCUUGCACGAGAAUUGGAAGAACUUGGCGAACGUCUCGAGGAAGCUGGUGGAGCUACCUCAGCACAAAUCGAAUUGAACAAGAAGAGAGAAGCCGAACUUAGCAAAUUGAGGAGAGAUCUUGAAGAAGCUAAUAUCCAACAUGAAGCUUCACUCGCCAGCUUGCGUAAGAAGCACAACGAUGCAGUUGCCGAAAUGGGAGAACAAAUUGAUACGCUUAACAAGUUGAAGGCUAGGACCGAAAAAGAAAAGGUUCAAUACUUCAGCGAGUUGAACGACCUUCGUGCCACGGUUGAUCACCUGAGUAACGAAAAGGCUGCCCAAGAAAAGAUCGUGAAACAAUUGCAACACCAAUUGAACGAGACCUCUGGCAAAUUGGAAGAAGUCAAUCGUACAUUGAACGAUUUCGAUGCUGCCAAGAAGAAAUUGUCCAUUGAAAACAGCGACUUGUUGCGUCAAUUGGAAGAAGCCGAAUCUCAGGUUAGCCAAUUGUCGAAGAUCAAGAUCUCAUUGACGACACAAUUGGAAGAUACCAAGAGACUUGCCGAUGAAGAAUCCCGUGAACGUGCAACAUUACUCGGCAAAUUCCGUAAUUUGGAACACGAUUUGGAUAACAUUCGUGAACAAGUUGAGGAAGAGGCCGAAGGUAAAGCUGAUCUUCAAAGACAAUUGAGCAAGGCCAAUGCCGAGGCACAAUUGUGGCGUACGAAAUACGAAUCCGAGGGUGUGGCAAGAGCCGAAGAACUCGAGGAAGCCAAACGAAAAUUACAAGCACGUCUUGCUGAAGCUGAAGAAACAAUCGAAUCGUUGAAUCAAAAGGUCAUUGCUCUUGAGAAAACGAAACAGAGGUUAUCGACCGAAGUCGAGGAUCUUCAAAUCGAAGUUGAUCGUGCAACUGCCAUUGCCAAUGCAGCUGAAAAGAAACAGAAAGCAUUCGACAAGAUCAUUGGAGAAUGGAAACUCAAAGUUGAUGAUCUUGCUGCCGAAUUGGAUGCCAGUCAAAAGGAAUGUCGCAAUUACAGUACUGAACUCUUCAGGCUCAGAGGUGCUUACGAGGAGAGCCAAGAACAAUUGGAAGCUGUACGUCGUGAGAACAAGAACCUUGCCGAUGAGGUGAAAGAUCUUUUGGAUCAAAUAGGCGAAGGUGGACGUAACAUUCACGAAAUUGAAAAAGCAAGGAAACGUUUGGAAGCUGAGAAGGAUGAAUUACAAGCAGCAUUGGAAGAAGCUGAAGCUGCAUUAGAACAAGAAGAAAACAAGGUGCUAAGAAGCCAAUUGGAAUUGAGCCAAGUUAGACAAGAAAUUGAUCGUCGCAUACAAGAGAAGGAGGAAGAAUUUGAGAACACAAGGAAGAAUCAUCAACGAGCUCUUGAUUCCAUGCAAGCUUCACUCGAAGCAGAAGCUAAGGGCAAAGCUGAGGCACUUCGCAUGAAGAAGAAAUUGGAAGCUGACAUUAACGAAUUAGAAAUAGCAUUGGAUCAUGCUAACAAAGCUAACGCUGAGGCUCAGAAGAAUAUCAAGAGAUAUCAACAACAAUUGAAGGACGUACAAACUGCAUUGGAGGAAGAACAACGUGCACGUGACGAGGCUAGAGAAUUACUUGGUAUUUCUGAACGUCGUGCUAAUGCAUUGCAAAAUGAAUUGGAAGAAAGCCGUACGCUAUUGGAACAAGCCGAUCGCGGACGUAGACAAGCUGAACAAGAAUUGGCUGAUUGUCACGAACAAUUGAACGACCUCAGUGCUCAGAAUGCAUCCAUCUCAGCUGCCAAGAGGAAACUCGAAGCUGAAUUGCAGACCCUACAUUCUGAUCUCGAUGAACUUCUGAACGAAGCCAAGAACUCCGAAGAAAAAGCAAAGAAGGCAAUGGUAGAUGCCGCCCGAUUGGCUGACGAACUUAGAGCCGAACAAGAUCAUGCUCAAACUCAAGAGAAACUUCGCAAAGCAUUGGAGACACAGAUCAAGGAACUCCAAGUACGUCUUGACGAAGCUGAAGCUAACGCAUUGAAGGGUGGUAAGAAGGCCAUACAGAAAUUGGAACAACGCGUACGUGAAUUGGAGAACGAACUUGAUGGUGAACAAAGGAGACACGCCGAUGCUCAGAAGAACCUACGCAAAUCUGAACGACGCAUCAAGGAACUUAGCUUCCAGGCUGAUGAGGAUCGCAAGAAUCACGAACGCAUGCAAGACCUAGUUGACAAGCUUCAACAGAAGAUCAAGACGUACAAGAGGCAGAUCGAGGAAGCCGAAGAAAUUGCCGCAUUGAAUCUUGCCAAGUUCCGUAAAGCUCAGCAAGAACUCGAGGAAGCCGAAGAGAGAGCCGAUUUGGCUGAACAAGCUAUCACCAAAUUCCGCACUAAAGGUCGCGGUGGAAGUGCUGCACGCGGAUUGAGCCCAGCGCCACACCGACCUGCGUUCAAGCCCCAGUUCGAUGGUUCCGCAUUCCCACCACGCUUCGACCUACAGCCCGAUGGUGAUUUGUAAAGAUCGUGAUGAAGAAUUUGAAUUAAACCCAAACAAACAACAAACAACAACAAUUAAAUAUCGUCCAUAAAUUUUUAAUCGCAAGAAAAAAAUGAUAGAAAACAAACAACAACAAAACAAAACAAAAUGAUGAUCGAGUACGUGAGAAAAAUAAUUUUUAUUAAUCAUUGAUAAUUUGGCAUCGUCGUCUCAUCGUUUAAUGUUUUUUUUUUCUUUUUUAAAUUAAUUAAUCAAUUAAUUAUUAAUUAAUAAUAAUGAUAGAUUUCUAUUGGAAAAUCUAUUAUAUAAUUACUUUUACAAAAUAUAAUAUAAUAUAUAUAUAUAUGCCAUUGUGCAAUUACUUUCAAAUUCAUUGGAAGCUAAAUUUAAACGAUAUUGUUAAUUUAAAUAAAAUUUAAUUAAAAAAAAAAAAAAAUAGAAUA